AUUACCACGUAAUUAGGAAGUGAAAGAAACUCUCAUCAUGGGUAGAAGAAUAGAAACACUGACUUUCUCAUGAUCAACACCAAUCACCAGGAUUUUCUUAAUUUCAAAUUCUAUAGUUCCAAACCAAAAUAACACAAUGAAUCCCUAUUACGACGUAGAGAAGCUAAGAGACGAAGUAAUCUACCUCCACUCUCUCUGGCACCAAGGUCCUCCACAACCCCCCAUAACCACCACCACCACCACCACUCACUUUCCUCAGCCCCAAUACACGAGCCACGUUCUCCGUUUUCACUAUCCUGCACCUGCCCGCACCGGAUCAUCCCUCCGGGUCCCAUCCAUCUCCUUCAAGAAGAAGAAGAAUGAGAAGAAGCAAAAGGGUCGUGAUAGGGAUCACUCCGCACGACCCGACCCGGAAUGGCCAAGUCCUGUUCGACACGACCCGGAUCCAUCCACCUGUUGGGCCAAGCCAAAGACCGGUCCAGCCCCUUCGUCUGACGUGCCUCAGCAAGAAAGGGAGAGGCUUGCGGCAGUGCAAGUGCAGAAGAAAGCGUGCAAAGCUCUGAAGGAGUUUCUUUCUAACUGGGAUAAUGAUGAUGAUGGUGAUGGUGAUGGUGAUGGUGAUGGUGACGGUGAUGAUGAUGAUAAUGAUGAUGAUGGGGCAUGGGAAGAGAUUCAGGAGUUCUUUGUGGGAUUGUUCUUGGAGGACGAUGAACUCAGAGGGUACUACCAGAGGUGUUUUGAAAGUGGAGAGUUUUGCUGCUUGGUGUGUGGGGCAAUUGGGAAGAAGAAUCAUGGGAAGAGGUUUAAGGACUGUGUUGCGCUUGUUCAGCAUUCGAUGUCGAUUUUGAGGACGUUGAAGAGAGGGGUGCACAGGGGCUUUGGUAUGGCCCUGUGCAAGGUUUUGGGUUGGGAUGCUGAUCGGCUUCCUACCAUUGUGAUGAAAGGGGAGCCUCUUGGGCUGGAGACGAGUACGCCUGCUGAGGCAGAGGGUGAGCCUAAUUUGAAUGACGUUGUUAAUGAUGGUGAUGGAAAAGAUGGUUCCCAGCCCUGCGAAUCAGAUGAUAAAGCUGAGUGUUUGGAGCAUGGUGAUGUGCGAGUUGAGGAGCCAACCUAAGGCAUUGAUCAGAGUAGUAAUAAUGUUAAUUUUUUUAAAGAAAGGGAUCAGGAUGAACAUAAAUUGGAUAAUGGAGUGCAAAAUGAAGGUGGAGAAAUAUGAGAGCCUUGAGAUAUACUAAUAUUUUCAACAAAAUCUAACUCACUGCAGCUUGCCU